AGGUCAGAUGCACAUACAUUGAGAAUUUCAUCCCUAGCACUAGUGUAUUCUACGGCUGAAUACUGUUCAGGUGCUUGGCUUAAUAGCAAACACGUCAAAAAGAUCGAUGUGCAAUUAAAUAGUGUCAUGCGAGUUAUUAGUGGNAUCUAGAAAACCCCCUUGGAUCACUGCUCAACACCUUAUUCUGACCAACUUUAAUUCAACCACGGAAUAGCGUACUGCAUGGAAUAAUCUUACACUCGAGAAUGUUGACUUAGACGUUGACCCUACACAACCUCUGGAGGGUUUCAAACUACCCCGUCAAGAAUGGGUAUCUUUAAACCGUAUCAAAACCGGUCAUGGAAGGUGUGGUUAUUCUAUGCACCAGUGGAAGCUUCGAGAUAAUCCUGCUUAUGAUUGUGGAAAUGCGGCUCAGACAAUACAACACAUUAUGUCAGGCUGUCCUAAAAGAAAAUUCGAAGGUAAAAUGAGUGAUUUCUUUAGAUUAACAAGUGAAGCUCUUGAUUGGAUAGCUACCUUGGACAUCAGACUGUAG